AUGCCCACAUUCUCAAAAUCAGCCCCAACAUUUUCACCAGCUCUAACACCUCCUACGCCAAUGUGGGGCAGCUAUUUCAAAUCUGCAACCCCCAAGAAGAAGGGUCGCAAGCCUAAGCGCCUCAACGAAGAGAUUGAGCUGGUCAAUCCAAGCCAAAGCAACAACGGCCACAACCUCUCCAAGAUCUCAAAACUGUGA